AUGUCCGCAUUCGCCUCUCUCCGCCCCACUCUCCGCCAGGCAAUCACCGCCUCGGCCGCUCGCACAUUCAGCUCCUCCGCCGCACGCGCCGCAGCCCGUAUCACCAUCACCGGCCGUCUGGCCGCAACACCCGAGGCGCAGGCUACAUCCACAGGCAAGGAUAUCAUCCGUUACGCCGUCGCAAGCUCGUACGGAGCCCGUGAGAACAGGAAGACAAGCUGGUUCCAGAUUGCGAGCUUUGCAGAGGAUAAGCAGCGGGAUUACCUCCUGAGCUUGGCUAAGGGAACCCUUCUUUACGUUGAGGGUGAUGCCAAGAUCAAGAGCUAUGAGGAUUCCGAGGGUCGCAAACAGACUGCUUUGAACAUUACGCAGCGUUACCUUGAGGUUCUGCAGCGCCCUAACACCGACUCAUCGGCUGAGCAGUUCGAUAACUCCGAAUAUGGAUCUCAGUAA